AAACUUUAGGCUGGAACAAUAAGUUCAGUAUGUAAAUUAUGGCAUUUUUAAUCAAUUUCAUUUUUAGGGUUUAGUUCUCCUUUAAACUUAGCGGGACAACUAUUUAUCCCCUUUAAACUAAAAGAGUUUGGCAAGUCUUAUACUGUAUGUAGGAAAUAAUUCACAUAGCAAGGGCUGGGCAAUAUUGUCUUAUGGUAAGGAGGAGACUGAUAAUCUGAAGUGAGCCAGUCUGUUGUUCAAACAUUGUGUAUCUGCUGCUCUGGGUGCAGUUCAUUUCACUCUGUGUGCUCUGUGCUAGUCUGUUCUGAGAUCAUGUACUGCUGGGGAGACAACUGCUUUGGACAGUUAGCUGUAUUAGAAGAGGAGAAAGAAGUGGUGCAUUUUAAGGAAAAUGAUUAUUUUCAAAAGAAGGAAUCUGUUCAGAAAGUGUCCAUCGGUGAAAAGCACUCCCUUUACCUGCUGAAAGAUGGUACUCUCCUUUCCUGCGGCCAAAAUCCCUAUGGGCAACUGGGCAGGAAGGGCAACAACAGUCGCAUCGAACAAAUCAGUUCAUUGGAGGCCCAAACCGUUGUUGACGUGAGCUGUGGGACAAAUCAUUCUGUGGCCAUGUGUGAUGAAGGCAAUAUAUACUCGUGGGGUGACGGAUCAGAAGGUCAACUUGGAACUGGAAAAUUCAGUUCAAAAAACUUUACACCCAAAAGAAUAACUGGACUUUUGAACAGAAAAAUAAUACAAAUUUCAUGUGGAAAUUUCCAUUCAGUUGCUCUUGCUGAAGAUGGCAGAGUAUUUUCAUGGGGACAGAAUAAAUGUGGCCAGCUUGGCUUGGGCAGCCAGAUCAUCAAUCAAGCAACUCCUCAGCUUGUGAAGUCCCUUAAAGGGAUCCCGCUGGUUCAGGUGACAGCUGGUGGUUCCCAAACCUUUGCUCUGUCCAUGUCGGGAACUGUUUUUGCGUGGGGAAGGAAUAAUGCCGGACAACUGGGUUUUAAAAAUGAUGCAAAAAAAGCAGGCACCUUUAAACCAUAUGCUGUGGAUUCAUUAAGAGACCUUGGUGUUGCCUAUAUUAGCUGUGGUGAAGAACACACUGCUGUUUUGAGUAAGGAUGGCAUUGUUUAUACGUUUGGAGAUGACACUUAUGGACAGCUGGGGCAACAGUCUGGGAACCAAACAUCAGUCCCACAGAAAAUAGAAGAAUAUAGCAGACAAGUUUCCCAGGUUGCCUGUGGAAGGUACCACACUCUACUAUAUGUCUUUACUUGUAAUCGCAUUGUCUCAUUUGGGAAAGGCUCACAAAGACAACAAGGCAAUGCUGAGUCCAGUGACCAAGCAGAAGCAUCUCAGCUGCCUUCAGCAUUUGACAUCAGUAGUUUAGUUCCAGCAAAUGAUUUAAAGGAUGUAAAUGUCAAAUGGAUCUUUGCAGGAAAUAAUGUCGGUUUUGCAGUUUCCUUUUCUCAACAAGAGACCACUGAAAGAAUUUUAUUAAGCGACACUUUUAAACCCAUUCUUCGACUUGACAUUCCGAUAGUUAAAAAGUGGAUGAAAGCACAUACUGGAAGUGAAGAAUACUAUAUAGCGAAACGGGAAAUAUGCAGAAUGUUUUCUUCAUCUGCUUCCGUAACAGCUGGUUUUAUAAACCACAGGUCUUCCACCACUUCUUCAGUUUCUUCAAUAGUUGACCUUGUGGCUGCAUCAAAUGUAUUUACAGAGUUAAACAAAGAUAGGAGGAUUUCUGAUAUUAUUUGUUCCUCCAUUAGGAAUGACCUCAUUCCAGAGCUUGAGUCUCUUCCUUUGCAUUUUGAGGCAUUUGCUGUAUUCCUCUUACUUCCAGAAUGUCCCUUGCUACAUGACCCAAGCAUCUGUUUGUCAUUGACAGUUCCACUUGCAAAGGCUAUCAACAACAUGGGUGAAAGUUCUUUGAAGAUAUUAGGGACAUUGUGGUCAUGCUUGCAAGCAACCUCCAUGACAAAGCAAAUCCAGUUACUUAAAACCGCUGUGAUGUUAUCAAUAAAAGGCAUUCAAGCAGAACCUGGCACUAAAGAUCUCCUACAGAUGCUAAAGAAGCUCUACAAGGCUAACCUGAAGAGCAAUUGCAUCGUACCCAUAAACACAUUCUGCAUGAAUGAACUUUGCCCACUGAUUUGGCUUCCUUCCGACGUUAACAAUUGGCGUCUAUGGCAGUCUCAGCCUGAGCCUGAUGAAAAGGCCUUUCCUGCUAUAUAUUGCCGUUUUCCAUUUGUCUUUAAUUUCCCCACUAAGGUGCAAGUACUUGAUUUUGAUUCAAUGCAGAAAAGAAAUACUGUAAUACUUCAGGCACAGAAACAACUUGUACAGAACAGACUGCAGGGAAGGAGCGACCUUCCAGAUAUACCCUUUUUACAUCUCGUAUUAAGACUUGACCAUCUGGUAGAAGAUGCAUUGCAUAAGCUGAGUAUUGUGGAAGACCCAAACCUGAAGAAGGACUUACUGGUUGAAUUUCAAGGUGAAAGUACGCGGGAUCCUGUUACAGUCAAGAAAGAGUUUUUCCUGGUUCUGUUAGAGAGUAUGGUUAAUCCUGAUUAUGGAAUGUUCAGUUGUUCUGAUCCAUUGUUACCCAGAUGGUUCCCAAGUACUCCAUUAGUGGAAAAGAAAAAGUAUUUUUACUUUGGCGUGAUAUGUGGCCUGGCAGUCUAUAACCAGACAGUUAUUUAUCUUCCCUUUCCAUUGGCACUGUUUAAAAAGCUUUUGGAUAAAAAGGCAACUCUGGAAGAUUUAAAAGAGAUACAGCCAACCAUGGGGAGGGGCAUGCAAGAUUUACUAGAUGCUGACAGUGCAGAGAGUAUGGAAUUGUAUUUUUGUUUUUCCUGGGAAAAUAAAUCCACUGACUUGAUACCCAAUGGAGGAUCUGUACAGGUCAACAAUUUAAAUAAGAAAGAGUACGUUAGCAAGUGUAUUGACUACAUAUUCAACACGUCUGUGACAGAAUCAUUUGAGGAGUUCAAGAGGGGAUUUUACAAGGUCUGCGAUAAAGAUAUCAUUUCAUUCUUUCAGCCAGACGAGCUGAGGACUGUUGUUGCUGGGACUGCAAAUUAUGACUGGAACACUUUUGAAAAGACUACAAUUUAUCUUGGCAAGUACAGGCUUGAUCACCCAACUAUCAAGAUGUUUUGGAAGGUUUUCCAUGCACUGUCCCUGGAAAAAAAGAAAGGAUUUCUGAUGUUCCUUACCGGAAAUGACAAGCUCCCCGUAUUUACAAGCGAUAACGUAGGGAUGAAGAUCUCUAGAUUUGGAGUUCCUGAUGAAACACACCUUCCAGAAGCACAGACCUGCUUUCACAUGUUAUUUCUUCCUGAGUAUUCCAACAUAAACACUCUGAAACAAAAGCUGCUUUUGGCUAUAGCCCACAACACUGGAUAUGAAAAGAUCUAAAAUGUGACUAAGCAGCAGAAAUUGUAUAACAAUUGUUUUUUUACCAAAUGAAACAAAUGUCUUUCGGCCAUUACAUGAUUUUGGAAAUACAAAUCAUGUAAUGGGUAAAAGACAUCUGCUAUAUUGUGGUAUUUUUUCUCUUCUGAUUACAAAAUCAAUAUUAUCUACCCCAAAGCUGUCUGGUCAGUGAGUUGAUGCUUUUACAAGAAACCAGAGAGCAAUGACUAUGGCAAAAGGGCAAGACAUCAUUGGGGGCCUACACAGUAUAUCUUAACUAUUAUCACUCUCAGGAUUUCUGAAUGCACUGCUGUAGAGGCAAGUUCUUGAGAAGUCUCCAUGUGGUGUCAUAGGCAGGUGAUUUGCUACUUUGUGACAUGUACAGUAGUUUGUUCUUGGUUGACAUGGAACACCUGAUUACCAUCACAGUCACUGAAAUUAUUGUUUUUAUACUUCAUAAAGAUGUGAGUUAUCAGUUGGCACUAUUUAUCAGGGCUGAAACUAGGGCUAGGCAGAAGAGGCACCUGCCUAGGGCACUAUGAUAAGGGGCGUUGGGCAGGUACCUGUUAAAGGGUCCUCUGCCUACUCCUAGUCUGUGUUCGGUUUCCCUUCUCCUGCUCAGCUCUCCCCUACCCAGCAUGUUCAUCCCAUUGUCACCGUGGCCCAGUAUGGCAUCAUUGUGCUGUGCACGCACAUUCAUGUACACACACAGGGUUGAAAGAACCAAGGUGGCCAGACAGUUUUCCUAGGGCCCUGCUAUCUAUUUUAGUUUUUUUAUAGUGAAAUAAACGCUUCACAAUAUUUGUACCCACAAACAACAAAAAAUAUUGCCAAUUCAACUUGUAUAAAUUGCUUAAAUGUUCCUGUGUAAGUUUCUUUGAAUAAUUGUUGCAAAAAGAUAAGGUGUUAGUACCAAAAUAUAUAAGCUCAUGUAGCAUAUCAAAUCAUCUGAUUUUAUUUUCUGCCUACUGGUGUACUAAAGGGACAUUAAAGGAGAACUAAACCCUAAAAAUAAAUAUGGCCAUAAAUGUGUGAAAUGAGUGUCAGUGACACUCACAUGCUCAGUGUGCCCGAGCAGCUGUAGAGAAGCUAAGCUUAGGGGUCUUGGCAAAUUAUUAAUCAGAAAUGUGAUGCUACAGGACUAAUAAUUACAUUCUGAUGCAAAAAGCCUCAUUUUCAGACCUGCCAUACACUAUAAUCUGCCUUAUAUUGCGACAUUUAUAUUCUAUAUAUACAGUUGGUCCCUAAUCUCAGUGAAUCAGCAGAAAAGAAGAUGGGGAGCUACUGGGGCAUAUUUGGAGACACAGAUCUUCCCUGCUAAAGGGCUGUGGUUGCCUCGGGCUGGUACAGAAGCUCAGAACAUAUGUAUAACACUUCUGCCCUACUUCUUAAGUAAAGCUUUAGUUCUCCAUUAACCUCCUUGCAAUAAUGCACAAGUUUAGUCCUAGUUCUAUUUUUACAGAAAUUAUUCUAUUUAAAUUACUGUUUUCAUUCUCGUAAAUUUUGUGGCCUUAAGGGCAAUGGGACACAGUAAGAUUGAUUGCUUGCGGUUAAAUCUCAUGACGUACCAUUGCCCUUACUAGUUAUGCUGUGUUCCUGGUUAUAAAUAAAUGUGCUUCUAUUAACUUAGUAACCUAAAAGAUGCUGUAGAAGUCAAUGGGAAGUGUAUUUUCAACAUUCAAAUAAAGUUGUGAUUUCCCAAGCAACUCUUGAGUUUGUUUUGCCUAUUCAAAUCCUUUUUUGGAAUUUUUGCAAUAAAAUUAAUUGACUUGACUGUUUGACAGACGUAAAUAUAUCUAUGCAGUUCCAUAUGAAUAAUGUUCAAAAAUUUCACAUGAAAAAUAAACAAUAAACAAGAAAUGUUAAACAAUUA